AAACUUUUGCGAGAUCCCGAGAUACCUUUGCGAGAUCUCGCAAUACUUUUGCGAGAUCCCGAGUUACUUUUGCGAGAUCUCGCAAAAGAAAGAUGGUUUCAUAGGUUUGGGCCAUUGAAGAAUGAGAAGGUUUCAUGGAACAGAGCAGAAAUGGAGGACGAUCUAGAAGGUUUCCUGAGGUCAAGAGAGGUCCCACAGGAGGACAUCAUGCGCAUGCAACGAGACAAGGUGGACAAGGCAGUGAUAUCCAUCAUGACUGAUGAUCAAAUGUCAAAAUAUAUUACUUCAUAUGGUGACCGAGUAGCUGUCCUGUCCUUCUGUCAACAAUCUACAUACAGCACGGAUAAAGAGACUCUUCUGCAGAAUCUAAGAGAAAAAAUUGGAGCACGGAAAAUGAGAUCAAAGACUAAAGGAGCACUGUGUGGUACAUCUGGUCUGUUCCAAAAGCGAGGUGAAGGGAUGUCAAGAUAUAGAAAUAGUGCAGCAGAGAAGACAUCCAGAAGGAUUGAAAUUGGAUGGCUUCAUUUAAUUGACAAUGAAUAUCAUCAAGUGAGAACCAGAAAUGGUGGUGGAACAAGACAUGCAACGGUGGAAAAAAACACGACUGUAGCACAGAUUCUGGAAAUGGGAAAGGACCUGUUUUUUCCAGAUGGUAACUCUACAAAAGGGAGAGUUGAAGACUUUAUAUUUACUGUUAGUGACUUUAAAAAAAAUCCAAUUCCUUUAGAUGACACUGUUGGCAGACUUUAUGAAAAAACAAAAUUGAAGCUGCUAAGGUUUUACAUUUGCACAAAAGAAGAAACAUCUUUAACAGUUCUUUCCUCAUCUGAAGUGGAUGAAUGUGGGGAAGAUUUCUUAUCUGAGGAGGAUUCUGUCAGUAUCACCAAGGAAGAGUUACAGUUGCCUAAACAUGGACCUCACACAGAGUCGGAUGAUUUUAUCACAGAUCUCGUUGACCGUGGGGAUUCAUCUGACAGUGAUAAUAGCGAACAGAAUCACGAUUUCCAGAUCCAACCAAGACCAAAAAAAAAGAGAUCAGCGUGUGAGACAGUGACAACACAUAGUCCAGGACAGUCACAUUACAUGCAUUCAACACCAACAGAAAUUAAAACAACUGUCACGGGACAGUGGCAGGGCACUGACUCAAGUGAUCAUGGUAAUGAGAAUGCUUGGAAUCAACUUCAGCUUUGCAGCGAUUUAUAUGACCACAGCUCAGGAGUUAUUGAUCUGACCAGUGCAGUCCCUAAAGAAUCCCCCCAGCUAGAGUCAGCUCACACCCAUCAUGAGGCCUCUGAAUUUGAUCCAGGUAUAGAUGAGGCUGAUACAGUUGUAUGGAAUCCCGAAGAGGACCUUGUCAGAGCCGAUGCUGAUGAGGCAGUCGUGAUAAUGCUGAAUUGUGUCAACAGUGACGAUCUAAUACAGGACAAUGGACUGAAUUUCACAGCACAAGAUUUGCCCUUGGUUUCUAGCAGCCAACUUUCCCCAUCAAAUUCAGCUGGCAACCCAGGAAAUCCAGAGAGCCCCCGACGUAUAUCUGUUCGCAGGGUAAAUGUUGUUGAAGAUCUUUUGGCUAUAUUUAUGGACAGCAGCAUAAUUACUGUGACUUUAAAGAUGGACUUUGUAAAUGAAAAAGCUGUUGAUGAUGCUGGGGUGUCAAGGGAGCUUUACACUGCCUUUUGGGAGCAAUUUUUGGAACAGUGUGAAGGUGAAACAGAACGAGUUCCAAGGCUGAGGCCAGACUUUGGUGAGGCAGAGUGGAAAGCAGUUGGACACAUUUGGGUGAAAGGAUUGCUGGAUUAUGGUGUCAUUCCGGUGAGACUAUCAAAGGCUUUCAUUUUAGCAUGCAUUCAUGGAAUCGACUCAGUUGAUGCAGACAUCCUGAUGUCAUCGUUUUUAAACUACCUCCCUCCUGUUGAGAGAUCAGCUGUUGAGAAGGCUCUCAAUGGCACAAUGGAUGAAAGUGAUGAAGAGGACCUGCUUGACCUUUUUACAAGGAUGGGUUCCCACUCCCUACCUCCUCAGAACAACAUGCAGCCUGCCAUUGAGGCAAUGGCUCAUAAGGCGAUUCUCCAAGAGCCAAAAUAUGUAGUUGAUUGCUUCUCCACAGCCAUGGCAUGUGUACAACUGAAACUGUCAAACAGGGAAAGUGUGGUGUCUCUGUAUGAGACAAAGAAGGCCACAGGCAAAAGAGUAUCACAACUAUUUCAAACAACAAAGGUGAUGCUGUCUCAAAUAGAACAAACAACCUUUAACCAUCUUCAGCGAUAUGUCAAAAAUGCUGAUGAAAGCAAAGCUGAGAAAAUCCUGCGUUUCUGCACAGGGUCUUCUGUCAUCUGUGUUGACAAAAUUCUGGUGUGCUUCAAUGCUGAAACAGGGCUGAACAGAAGGCCUGUUGCUCAUACCUGUGGAGCUACUCUUGAAGUACCGUGCACUUACACUUGCUAUCCUGAUUUUCGCACGGAGUUUGACAACAUCCUUUCCAGCAAUUACUUGGAAAUGGACAUCAUUUGAACUUGCUGGAAGUCUUUUUUCUGGAUUAAUAAUUACAGCUGUAAUUGAUUACAAAUAUGUUUACCCUUGAUUUCACUGUUUUCUAUUUAAAUUUGUUAUUGAAAUGUUGAAUGCAUUCUGCCAUAUAAUGAUCAGUCAUCGGUUUCAUUUUCAGAUCGUGUAAUGUUAUGUUCUGUUGCAUUUCAUAAGGAUUUUCUUUAAUUUCUAAUAUGCUCGUACAUUGAUUGUAGGUUUCACUACUGCUGACACCAUGUUUGAGGCUGGUGUCAAAGUUCGGCUCACAUGAAAACCACCUAAACCACCUAUUUUGCUGUGUCUAGCUGUUUAUAGGAACUGUUGAAGAAUCCAGGCAAGAAGAAAGAGAUAUACACUUGAUUUCAUGGUGAAAGGUCCAUGUACUUUUAGUUUUUUGUUGAGUAAAAAAGAUUUAAAGUUAAUGAUGAUUUUCAGUCAUUUGUGUUUGUUGUCUGUACAG